CUAUGGGAGGCUUCAAGAUAAGCAUCAUCUGGACCGAGUGAGCGUAAAACUCGACGGUACGACCCAAAACAAGCGGAACAUAAGGAAAACAGGAGAGCGCGGUGAGGAGGCCACAACCGCGGCUGGUACGGGAUGGGAGUUUUUAGCCGACAGAAGUUCUUUGAGGAGCUUGCUCAGGGCUGUUUGCUGCCCACAGCUCAGCAGGGCCUGGAGCAGGUAUGGCAGCUGCUGCUGAUGUGCUCGUUAUGUCGCCUUCUCUGGAUGUUGGGCCUCCCCUCCUUUGUCAAACACCUGAGUACAGUGGCUGCAGGCUUUUACACGCUCUACCUGUUCUUUGAGCUUCAUAUGAUCUGGGUGGUGCUGCUCAGCCUUCUCUGCUACCUCUUCUUAUUUUUGUGCCGACACUCAACUAUGAGAGGCACAUUUCUCUCCAUCACUGUGCUUAUUUACCUACUUCUGGGAGAGCUACACAUGAUGGAUGCAACCAAUUGGCACAAAAUGAGAGGUUCACAGAUGGUGGUUGCCAUGAAAGCGAUUUCUCUUGCCUUUGAUUUGGACAGAGGGGUUGUUUCCAGUGUCCCAUCACCUAUUGAGUUCAUGGGGUACAUUUACUUUGUAGGCACUAUUGUCUUUGGCCCCUGGAUCAGCUUCAAUAGCUACAAAGAAACUUUAGAAGGCCGUAAGCUGAGUUUAUCAUGGCUUUUAAAAGUUUGUUUAAGCUGGGUGAAGAGCCAAAUUUGCCUUUGCGUUUCCAACUGUGUGGCCCCAUAUCUCUUUCCAUAUUUUAUCCCUGUUUAUGGAGACAAGCUUCUGCGAAGUAAAAAGAGGAGAAAGAUUAGAGGGGCAGUGACAAAGUGGCUCCUUGCCUAUGAGAACACACUAUCCUUCCACUUCAGCAACUAUUUCGUGGGCUACUUGAGUGAAACUACUGCCACACUCGCAGGGGCAGGUUUUACAGAAGAAAAGGAGAAUUUGAAAUGGGAUCUGGCAGUGUCAAAACCUUUAAAUAUAGAGUUUCCUCGAUCAACAGUAGAAGUGGUUACCUCAUGGAAUACACCAAUGUCCAACUUUCUCCACACCUAUGUGUUUAAAAGCGCUCUUAAAUUUGGAACUUUUACUGCCGUCAUGAUAACAUACAUUGCCUGUGCAUUAUUACAUGGUUUAAGUUUUCAUCUUGGUGCUGUUCUCAUAUCUCUGGGUUUUAUUACAUACAUUGAACAUGUAUUACGUAAAAGACUUGCAGAUGUGCUCAAUGCCUGCGUAUCAUCAAGGAAGUGCCAACCAAACUGCCCACACAAGAACAAAAAGAACCUCUGGGUGCAUAUGAUAAACUUAGUUUUCAGCGCAUUGGCCAUUCUUCACAUGACAUACCUUGGCUCUGUGUUUAAUUCCAGUGUGGACUUCAUGGAGGAAGAUGAGGAUGAUAUCACCCAUCACACCAUUCAGCGCUGGUCAGGUUUGAGCUGGAUGAGCCACUGGUUAACAUUUGGAAGCUGGAUUUUGUACCGGCUCAUUUUGUGAAGGUGAACUGAACACACUGAAAUUAAGCAAGCAAUAAUGCCACAGCUUUUUCUCCAUUGUGGCCUAGUGUGAGAGAACAUCAGGAUACUAUUUCAUAGAACUUAAGUUGUGGACAAUGAUUUUGAUAAAUUAAUUACCCACUCCACCCCUUUUUUUUCUUAUUACACUCUUUUUUUAUUCAAGUCACAGUUGUCAAGCCCUUAUGUCAUGACAGCAGUAACCAGUGUCUCACUGUGAGUCAUAAUCAAUUCCAAUCAGCAUGAAGAAGAUCAGCUAUAGACUCCAGACUGUGGCAGAUCAUUAAAAAUCUUAAAUUUAUUUUUAACAGGACUUUUUGUUUGAGCAUGAGAAAAGUUUACUCUGGAAAGAUUAGAGCACAAUGAAUACAAUAUUUUAUACCAUUAAGAGUUAUAAGUAUGAAGUAGAAGAGAAAAAUGUUUUAAUAUAUUGUGACUGAAUGGUGUAUUUCUAAUGUUUUUGUGGAUACUUUUAUCUCAAACAGUUAAAAUAAGAGGGACUAAGAGUGAAGCAAUGGCGAUUCAUACAGUAUUUACUUGUUUAUAUUUAAAUCACAUGCUGCUUGUAUUAUACAACAUUAUUAUACACUACUUUAGGCUUAAACACCGAAAAUUACAUAUAUUUUAACCACUGGCUUGAAGUUCUGAUACAAAUGCUGUAAUUUUAAAUGUUUUAUUAGAGGAUUAGUCUCCACUACAGAGCCAAUAUGUCUAAAUCUAUUUUCAACCCUAUUCUGAUAUAUAUGUCUUUUCCCUGUAAAUGUGAAUGCACUGACACACUUGUAAUAUUUUUAUAAAAACUUUCAAACAAACACAUUCCUCCUGUUUUUGCCAAUGAACACGGGGUUUAAUGCAGAAAAACUCUUUUUGCAGUAAUAAAUAGUUUAUUAAAUUAUUUACAUGAGUGCGACUGUCACACAGUCAUUUUGCGUGAGUAGGGGAAGGACUGCAUCAGAAUAACAGACUAAUUAAUGAUGUUAAAUCUGGAGUCUGCUUCAAAGCAUCAGCCAGUGGGGACAGAGAGGGGACAGAGGACGACAGAUGUGAUAG